AGCUCUCCAAGUGAUCCAGACAAACCAGACCAACUCAGACAGAGGGACGACAUGGAUCCAAACACGACGAUUCUGCGAGUCAAGAGAAAAAGGGGGACCGAUCCCGCAGACGCUUUGUUGCUGGCGUGCAAACGUAUCCGUCCAGAGACGUCCCAGAGCUCAGGCGAAACGGUACCGGAGCCCAACGAAGCCGAGGUGGAAAACUCUGUCUUCAAACUCGUGGCGACCGUAGCGACACAGGAUGCUCCAGUUCAGACACACGUUAGACAGGCUUUGGCUCGGCCUCGCAUGGCCCACGCUCUGCGACCCUCUGCUGCCAGUUCACAACGGAUAAUUGGGGACCUACGGAGCACGAAGUUGAGCACCAGGAGGGAGGAACGCUACAGAAUACUCUCUAACCACCGCACAGGCCUGGCAAGCCCAGCUGAGCAGCAAAACCCCCAGACAGAUGCUUCUGAGGGCGUGGAGCAAACUGGGAAAGAGAAGGACAAAUGUUGGGCUGUCGGUGAAAUCCAGGUGGUUGAUCUCAUACAUGAGACUGUAGAGGAACAGGACAAGUCUGUUGGAAAGACACUGUCCUCAGACCCAGAAGUGAUCCUGUGUAACAACACCAAGCUGCUGCGGGAGCGUCUGAGCAUAUCUGGAGACAGACUGUCGGAGGAGCAGCAAGACACAGACUACGUCUACGAUGUGUACUACCAGGAAACUGUCGCAUCAGGUUGGAUCGAGGACAUCGUGUCUGUCAGGGUCUACGCCGAUGAGGGAGAACUGGUGCCUGACUGUGUGGUUCAUGAAGAGGAAGUGUAUGACGAUGAGGAUGAUGAAAAUGAGGAAGGUAACUGGAGGAAUGACUACCCUGAUGAGGACAGUGAUGCAGACAGUGACAGAGAGGAGCGCUAUGGUGGUUACUGGGAGGAGGAGCACUCGUACAGCCGGAGAAACUGGCAGCGCUACCAGAGGGAAGUGCUGCAUGAGCUGGGCUGCCGUGGGGAAGAUGAAGCGGAGGCGGCGGAUGAUGAUGAUGAUGCAGACAAAUAUUGUUCUGAUUGAGCUGUCCUUUAACCCACACCUGUCAGUGGAUCUUCCCCAUGCCCCCUUUACAUUAACCCCAUGCUCCAUAGACCUCUGUGUAGGUGAGAGUGGAGGACAACAAGACUGGCACAUAGAAACAGAAAAUAUGCCUGAAAUAUGUGCUUCAAGAAAUCCCACCGCAGCAGUGUAGCAAUUUAUGUGUAGCACUUAUCAGAUAUAAUGAGUGACUGAAAAAACAUCCUGUUCUUACAUCAACACCAGUGACGAUACCCUAAAUGUUAAAUGUCUUGAGUCACAAAGUUUAUCGACCACUAAUGGUUCAGAAAGCCUCAGCGCUCUUCGGGUGUAAUGCAGCCCUCUCUACUACACAGAUGAAAAUGGAGUAGGUGUUAUUUCCAGCUCCAGAGUGUGGUUUUUUUUUUUU